GUCUAGCUUUAUAUCAAAUAUUUUUUGAUUCACCUAUAAGUAUAGUCAGACUUAUACGGCUGCCAGCCCAUGAGGUUACGUGGAUGAAACCUCUAACCCCCGAGUACCGGGGCGAGAUUGAUAAACUGCACGUCACUAUCCCAAAACUGGUUUUGGAUGGCUGCCAAGAUUGGGAGAGCAUGACCAGCAAAUUCAUGUGGGCUUUGGACAGUAAUUUUCCACCUGUCGCGGACAAAGUUUAUGUUAAGGUUACGAAUAUUCAUGCUCGUUGGGUGCGGUCACUCGUCUAUCCGCAUGAAUGGGAGAGCAUUCGGGCAUUUCUCUCACUGUUUAGCGGAUUCCACGUCGAUGGAACAGCCAGAUCGUGGGUUGAAACUGAUCUGAGGCUUGUGGAUGUCUUCAAGCUGAGCAGAAUGGCUGUGUUAGGAAUCGAGGAGAUAUUUCGCGUUUAAAGAAAGGACGGCGUCAGCGAGCGCCUUUUGCAAUUUUUUCAGCGCUAGCUAGCUCUCCAUUGAUUUUUUGAAAUUUAUAAUUCCACUAUA